CUCAUUUUCUGAAAAGCUCUAAGUAACUGCACGAUUGCCUCUGCACAGCGCAAACGCUUCGGGAUUUGAACAGAACACGACCAACUACGGGACUCAUCCUCGUUCUAGUGCCCGCAGACCCAAACAACAUAGAAAGGAUGUGUGGUAUGGAUGUGGAUCUGGAGGGAGAGGGGGCUGGAGUGGAGGAGGAGAAGGAGCAGGAGCAGGAGGAUGAGUAUGGCGUGGGGGAGCGCGUGCAGAUGCUGCCCCCGCCCACAGCGCACAGCGGAGCCGGGGUGUGGGGGGGCAGGCGGGGGCCCGCGGGGCGGCUGGUCUGGGGCCUGGGGCUGGCGCUGUGGAACGCAGGAGUGGCAGUCGUGUGUGCGCUGGUCCUGACCGGGGUGUUCACCGUGGUACUGCUGCCUGCUACCCUACUGCUGUCAGCCGGCUUCCUCUGUCACACACGGGUGCUGAACUCCCCUAUGCCGAUGUGCCGUUACCUGGACGACAACAGCUGCUCCGCCCUCAUCAUCCUGGGCUUCGUCAUGAUGUCACCCCUGGUGGUGCUGGCGGCAGCCAUGUUCUGUGGCCUGGUGCGCAGGCUCCGCCUCCUCCUGCUGUUUCAGCCAAUGUCGCGCGCUUGCUACCGCGGCGGGGGCUGGGGCUGGAGCGGGAAUGUUCGGGCCUGGGUCUGACCCGUGUGGCGUGGCAGUCCGGAGGUCCCUCAGCAUUCCCGUCCUCUGCUGUGUGUUCUACCCCAAACUGUAAUUACUUUAACCAUGUAACUGUGGACAUACUGUAUCCAAACAAGGAAGAGUUCACAGUGUCCUGUGAUUCUGUGAUUUAUGAUUUUGGACUCCCCGUUCAUCCGCUGCUGGAGGGCCACCUCGCCUCACAGAUCACAGGUAAAUCAGUUGGUCGGCUGGUAGCUUUGAGGAAAUAUGUAGUCUUACCUUAGAAUAGUUACCUUAGAACAGUCAUUUAUUUUUCAUUGAUAACUGUCUAUUUUAUCAAGAAAAGAAAAUGUGCUUGUUGAGGGUAUCUUUGUAACUAAUACAUAUUGGUACCAUUUCAUCAUGUUCUUUCCUCAGGAGUUAGAAUAUUAUGCUAUCCACAAUCAGCAGAACACAUCAGGAAUGGAAAAUCUGUUUAGUUACACUUGCUUUCCACUGAUAGACCAAAAAUGGCCCAGGUUCCUAAUGAACUUUCUUAUCAACUGGCAGGCCUAGCGGAUACAAUCGUGUUUUCAUUAGCCCCUGGUUAGCCAUUCCAAUGUCAUUGUUUUGGCUAGCUGUUCUGCAAGGUUUGCACUUGGUUUAGUUUUGCUGCACUUAUUGGCAUUCUUUUGUCGCUACAGCCAGGAAUAAAAAGAUUUUAACAACACCCGAGUUAACUGGCCCUCAAGGCAUCGGAAAUGUCAGACGAACACUUGUGAAGGCUGGAAGACUGAAAUGUCUUUAUAGCCGGACCAGCUGCUCCUGUCCGGGAUUUACAAUACAUUUAUCACUUUGCAUAACUUAGGUUUAACAUAUCACUCUUUUGCACAGCUAGAUUUUACUGAACCAAUUCAGGUUAUUAACAUGGCUCAAGGGCACACUGGAAUUCUCUAAAAACAAAAUAGGACUUGCAACUCUCUGGUUAUGGUUAAGCUCCGUUAACAUUAGUCCACACUUCCUCUCCUUCUAGACGCUUGUCUACAUCGUAGCACAGAUGACAAAUAAAGCUUUCAGUUCCUGCUCUUCACGCGCUGGUGCUCUUCUGCACUGGAAUAGCAUAUACCUACAUUUCUCUCAAUGUGUUCGCUGGCGGGCUAGCAACAUAAAAAUGAACCAUAAAGCUUAAUUUCCAAAUGAAAAAGAAAAUAACAAAUUGUGAUGCAUCAUCAAAUAUCACCAAGCCAAUUAAUAUAAUCGAAGCACAAGAAGCUAUACGAAGCCAGUUUAGAGCACCCACAGGUUCACAUGCCGAAGAAAUUCACAUGGCUCAUCAUAACAUCCGAGUUAAUAAAAAAAGAUUUGCUUGCAAGGUUUUAUAUUUAUGUUUACAUGCUUAUGCUAUAUGUUUUGAGGGAGAAAAAUCACUCACUGGGAUAUAGGAAUUCAGGGAGCAACAAAUUCCAUGUGGCAUGUAGAAAUUAUCGAUUCAGCAAAAUAUAAUCAGAUAGGAACAAAUGGAAAAAGCAGAUAUCCCAGCCAACAUUCUUUACCACUAGAAAAAAAGCAUGUGGGUUGUUUAUGAAAGCCUCGUUAAAAAAAGAAAAAACAGUUUCCUGCUGAGAAAAGAAUUUAUAUUACUGGUUUAACUUCACAUCCCAGGCUUUAGUUGUUCUCAUUACUUGUUCUAGCCUUCUGAAGUACUGCAGUGUUCGGUUAGUUACAACCCUGUCUGACCGAACAUACUCAGAUAGGCAUUAAUUUGGGAAAGAUGGAAACACCAUUUCUGAUGCAUUAUGGUAUAGCUGAGGUCAGCCUAGGAGAGCCUCUAGGGCUGUAAGACAGAACUGCUGUCCAUCAGUGCUACCUACCAAGGGUGUUCACGUCACAGACUGAAGAAAGAGAGCAGCAGUCGUUAAACCUUGUAUUUAUCUGUGUAAUUUAUUUGUAUAUUUUAUGUAUCUACUGUAUGCACAUUUUCAACUCUGUAGCUGGUCAUUGCAGCAGUUCUGUAUUCAGUCAAAUGUGAUUAAAGAAGGAACAUUUUAUCAGA